UCUGCAUGCAAGGUCAAACUGAAGAUGGAUUUGGACUCAUGUUUGGCGUCAACCAUCUUGGUCACUUCCUGUUAACGAACCUGUUGCUGGAUCGACUGAAGGCGUGUGGACCAAGCAGGAUAAUAAAUGUGUCGUCCAUGGCACACAACUUUGGAAGCAUUGACUUCGACUGCCUGAACUCCCACAAAUGUCUGGGGUUUGGGACAUCAUUCAUUCGAGUUUUCCAAAUUUACUGUGACAGUAAGCUGUGCAACGUACUCUUCAAUCAUGAGCUGGCUAAAAAACUGCAGGGAACCAAUGUCACCUGCUACUCCCUGCACCCAGGAGCAAUCAGCUCUGACCUGGGCAGGAACACAAGCUCAGUUUUUCAUGUGAUCCUGAAGCCCGUCACCACAUUUUUCUUCAAGAACACCACCCAAGGAUGUCAGACCACCCUGCACUGUACUCUGCAGGAGGGCAUCGAACAUCUCAGCGGGCGUUACUUCUCCAACUGCACAGUGAGAGAACUCUACGCUAAAGCCAAGGAUGAUGCAGCAUCAAGGAAGCUGUGGGAGAUCAGUGAGAGGUUCUGUGGCCUUCCAUGAACAAAGCUUCUUGUUAAAAUGUUGAUCCUGACUCCCCGGCUUUUCGGUCAGGUGUUAAUAUGCGCAGGUAUUGGCAAGAACCUUGCUUGUCAUACCCAAAGGUAAACUUCAGCUAAAGAUGAAGCAAGUAAUCUAGGGUUAAGAUCUGAAAAGUACUACAGUACCUUAAUCCAUUUACAAUGAUCAAACAAACAGGAAAGCCAGUGGUUCCCGACCCUGGUCCCUGAGGAACACCACCCUGCAUGUUUUAGUUGUUCAUCUGCUCCAUCACACCUACUUUAAAUGAAAGGUGAUUAACAGAUUUUUGCCGAAUGUAAGGAAGUAAUUAAACUACUGAAUCAACGUGAUGGAGCAGAGGAACAACUCAAACCUGAAGGAUGGAGUUCCUCAGGGACCUGGAUUGGGAACCACUGCAAUCUAAACCACUUUGGUGCUGAAGUUUUACACCAGUGUUCAGAUUUCUGUUCAGUGUGAACUCUUUGAUGUAACUAUUUUAUGUAUCACGUGUUGUGUUUUAUACAUUGGUCAAAGUAAUAA